CUAGCCAACACCACCAUAACUAGCCAUGUCUCGUCUUCUUCUCUUUUUAAAAAAGUCUCAACGUAGAAACACUCAUCUUUUAUCACACUCACACUCACACUCACACUCACACUCACUCUCUCUCUAACAUGUCGAAGCAAACAUACAGAGUGUGCUUCUGUUUCACGCGAAGGUUCAAGCUGACAGUAGCCGAAGCGCCAGCGGAGAUCAGAGACCUCUUCGACCGUUACUCCGAAAAUGGAAUCAUGACCGUCGAUCACCUUCACAGGUUCUUGAUGGAGGCUGAGGGAGAAGAUAAAGCCACAAAAGAACACGCAGAGUCGAUCAUGGAGUCUCUCAAUGAACUCAAACACCUCAAUAUCUUCCAUCGCAAAGGUCUCCAUCUCGAAGCCUUCUUUCACUACCUCUUCAGCGACUCUAAUCCUCCUCUCUCUCCUUCUCCUAAGGUGCACCAUGAUAUGACUGCGCCCUUGUCCCAUUAUUUCAUAUUUACGGGACAUAAUUCCUACCUAACGGGAAAUCAGCUCAGCAGCGACUGUAGCGAUGUGCCCAUCAUAGAAGCUUUGCAGAGAGGUGUAAGAGUAAUUGAACUUGAUAUGUGGCCGAAUUCCACCAAAGAUAAUAUUGAUAUUCUUCAUGGAAGGACACUUACUAACCCAGUGGAACUCAUCAAGUGCUUGAGAUCUAUCAGGGAAUAUGCCUUUGUUGCAUCUGAAUAUCCUCUCAUAAUAACUCUAGAAGACCAUCUUACACCGAAUCUUCAGGCUAAAGUUGCCGAGAUGGUCACUCAAACAUUUGGAGAUAUACUGUUUUCCCCUGGGUCAGAAUGCUUAUUGGAAUUCCCUUCACCGGAAUCAUUGAAGAAACGAAUUAUUAUCUCAACUAAACCACCAAAAGAAUAUCUUGAAAGUAAGAGUAGUGUUAAGGAGAACAGCAAUGAUUCAAAGAACAACAAUGAUUCAAAGAAGUCAAAGGAUUCGUCUGAGGAAGGAGCUUGGGGAGAGGAAGUUCUUGAGUUCAAAGAUAAAGUUGAAGACUUUGAUAAGAAUGACACAGAGGAUGCAGAGUGUCCAGAUGAAGAAUGUGUUGAUGACGGGGAUCACAAGUUGCAGCAGAAUACUGCACCAGAAUAUAAGCGUUUGAUUACUAUUCAUGCUGGCAAGGCGAAAGGCGAGAUUAAAGAAUGGCUAAGAGUGGAUACUGAUAAGGUUAGACGUAUUAGCUUAAAUGAACAAAAGCUGGAAAAGACUGUCAACACUAAUGGAACAGAUAUUGUCAGGUUUACCCAGAGAAAUAUAUUGAGGGUAUAUCCAAAAGGUACGCGGUUUGAUUCAUCAAAUUACAAUCCAUUAAUUGGGUGGACGCAUGGAGCUCAGAUGGUCGCAUUUAAUAUGCAGGGUCAUGGCAGGUCACUUUGGUUGAUGCAAGGAUUGUUCCGAGGCAAUGGUGGGUGUGGAUAUGUGAAAAAACCAGAUAUUUUACUGAAAGUUGGUCCUGAUGAUGAGGUAUUUGAUCCUAAAAAGAAAUUACCAGUGAAGAAAACUCUUAAGGUGAAAAUAUAUAUGGGUCAAGGCUGGUAUUUGGAUUUCCAUCGCACACACUUUGACUUAUAUUCCCCACCUGACUUCUAUGUAAAGGUUGGAAUUGCUGGAGUGCCAGCUGAUUCAGGUAUGAAGAAAACAAAGGCGAUUGAAGAUAAUUGGAUACCAACAUGGGAAGAGGAGUUUGAAUUUCCAUUGACGGUUCCAGAGCUGGCUUUGCUUCGGAUUGAAGUUCAUGAGUAUGACAUGUCUGACCAGGAUGAUUUUGGAGGCCAAACAUGCCUUCCUGUUUCAGAGUUGCGAACAGGGAUUCGAGCUGUACCACUCUAUAACCAGAAGGGAGAAAAGUACAGGUCUGUGAAGCUACUCGUGCGUUUUGAAUUCGUCUGAUGUUUCUCUGCCUGUAAAAAAUCAUCUCUUGUUCAGCUCCAUCUUUGGUUUGUAUCUAUUCAGUUGUUUUCUACAUCACCUAAUUGUUGCUGCUGCAACAAUUUGUCGAGAAAUUCAUAAAACUAUCAUUGUUGUCUGAUCUUUAGCACCUUUCAUCUUGUGCAAGUAGUUAAUGUUUACUGUACAAAAAGCUGAACCUUGGGAUACUGGUGUUAUGCUUGAAUUUUUACAUUUUAUCAUCUUUGCUGUUGCAACUUG